AUGAAAAGUGUGAAUCAGAAGCCAAGUCCCAAGGAGCAAAUUAUCGAUUCGAAGAGAAGCGGAAGGAAACCUCCGCGACAGGUGAAUAAAUCGCAAGCGUCGCGAGUCAAAGACCCAAAUGCGACAGUGGAAAAUGGAGCGACGACAGAGCAAUCGGGACGCAGUUCAAAUCUAUCCGGAAAGCGGAAAUCGAUGAAGAAUGCGCCGAGCGGAACGGAUUUGCGACUAAUUCAAUCAGAAGACAAUUUGCCGCGGAGCAAUUCGGGAAGCAAAAAUAAUCUAUCGGGGAAGAAGAAUAAUUCGGCACGGAAUAAUUCGGGACGCAAAAAUGCGCUGGGAAAAAUCCCGGCGGCUUGCGAACCCAGUGCCGAUGCUCAAAUCAUUUCGUCCGAUGAGACAUGCGCUGGAAAAAGUGGGAGGAAGAAGGAUAAGAAGGGUGCGGUGCCUCCGGCGACGAAACCGCGCGAUGUAUCGAAGAAGACGCUGAAUGCGCGGAAACAGCGAGACGUCACUAUUCGACAGAUGUACAACAAGGCAAAACACAAGUUGAUCAAACCGACGAGAGGAGAAGGAGUUCUGUGAGUUUCUAGUUUUGGGCGGUUAGUACGAGGCUCCGCUUUGACGCAACUUCCAAACGUUUGAAAUCUGUUUUUACAGCUGCCCCGAUGAAAUCUCGCAACAAAUCGAUGUUCUUGAUGAAUAUGAAGGAGGUGCCGAGCCAGUCGAGCCUAAAAUCGACACUCCUGUGAACAACGAAAAUAAUGGACACUUGUUCAUCAAAGGAGUGCCGUUUUGGGCGACGAAAGAUGAGAAACCACCACAGGUGAACUAUGUUGGAACAUCGCAAAUGUUGAAAGAUAUUAUGGAUCGGAAAUUGGUUUUGUUGAAGGAUUUGAAAGCGCCGUGAGUUCUUGAACGCUGCCAAAAAACCUGGGAAACAACAUCUUUUCAGUCCAAACUUGGAUCCCUUUCACGAGAUGUCCAUGUUAACAUCUAGAGAUAAAGAAUACUACGAUCCUCAUCGAUUGAUCACAAAUACAAUCAAAUCAUUAGUUGGAUCAAAUACAGUUCCACCAACUCGAUCAACUGUGACUGCAAGUCCUGGACCAAAGAAAGAUCAUAAUAUGGUAUUCGAGAAUCCGACGGUGAUGAAUGUGUACAAUCGAAAAAAUCGGGAGGAUAAAAUCAAUCAAGUUAAAUUUGUGCCCGGUGCUUUGGCGAAGAAAAAGAAUGGCAUUUUUAAAAAUUGGUUCUUUUAA